UGUAACCGCGCUUAGCGAACAGCAAAACAAAAGGUGAUUCAUAUCGGUUGCUUUCCUCCUCUUCACGGAAAGUUUGCUCGCUGUAGAAAAUACCGCGAUCGAAUCGUAAAGUUAGUUAACCUUGAAAGUAGCUACCGCCAAAGAGCAGUGUUCGUUUGCGAAACGUUUCCGUUUGUAGCGAGAAUAAAAUUUAGUUAGCGAUGGAUAUGAUUGCUGUAGUUGGCAGUGCCAUGAUAGUGGGCUUCAUUGUUUACUGGUGUAUCAGGUGUUGCUGUACGAGGAGCAACAGUGGUGCGGUGUUAGCGACACCCAUUACAAUAACCUCCGAAGUGCAUCGCGUUGCACCACCGGGAACGACACAAACCGUACCACCACCGUCCGGUGCUAUCAUUCAAGGUCAUCCUACCGGGACGGCGGCGUAUCCGGCAAUGCCGACUGCGUACCCAACGUCUUCCCCGGCACCGUACCCUGCCCAGCCGUACAUGCAGCACUAUCCGUAUCAAACGUCCGCCGCCCCAACGUCGAUGCCACCACCGCAGCCGAACACUGCCGCCUCCGUCCAAUUUCCGGCCCUUCCUUCGCAAAUGCAGAUUCCGAUUCUACCAUCGGCCUCGGCUCCUCCCGCUGGUGCUGCCGGACCGGCAGCGAUGAUGAAUCCUCCCAGCUACGACCAAGUGGUAAACAACUCGUACCCAGUGCAGGCACCCUACAAUCCCGACUUCAAGGGAUAAACGACGAUGGCCGUACGGGCCCCAGGAGAGGAGACUUAAAGUUCAGGAACAAACGGUGAACCACAGUGAACCACACGCUGGAGGCGGUUUUGGAAAGAAAGCUUUCCUAGUGCCAUCCUAGACGAGCAACUAGCGUAAUUGUCGCCGUGUUAAUCUAUUAGACUGUACCGCGUAAGUUUAUUUAGCGUUAAGCAGUUGCUUCCAGUAAGCGUGCAUUAAGAUGUUAUUGCAUCGGGUUCCGUGUUCGUGUCAUGGAGUGAAAUACUCGUAUAUUAUUUAUCGAUUUAUGAAUUUGAAGAUUUAUUCAACGUUAUAACGUAUUUUCCCGGAGGGAUAUGAGCGAGAACAGAUAUAUGUGAAAAGAUAUGGAAUUUUAUGGGAUCUAAUACAGUUAAUCGAAUAUUA